CUGCGUGUGUGGCUCUGGCCGGGAGUAGUCGCGGCUCUGCGGGCUUCAGCUCAGCGGAGCUUCGCUCGGACAGAACCAGGACAAGCGGGGAAUCAGGCACAGCGGGAAUUCAGCUUCAUCAGGCGGGCGAAGGAGACUCGGAACCCCGCGGCUGGAGGAUUGAAUGAACUUGUGCAGAGCUGAUGGAGCUGUGAUCACAUCGCCCAGUUCAUGUCCUUCUAACCAGGGAACAGGUGCUCUUGUUGGAUUUACAAAAAAAUCUGCAACCAACUAGAGAGAAAGAGAAGAAAAAACAUCUGUGAAACACAUCAAGGCAGAACUAUCACCGGGUGGCUUGUGGUUUACGGGUUUGAGAAAGGGGCCAGGAGACUUCCCCGUGGCCACAGGCCUCUACUGUCCACAGGAAAGAUGAUCAGGAGCACUGUGUUUUGGCCUAUAAUUAGGCCACAGUAUCCUGUGCUGAGGAAUGGAUAGCCUCAUCGCUAUGGCUAACAAUUACCUCCUUAACCAUGGGGCUCUGGUAAAGGACUGGCAUGGACAUUAUUUUUCUUUGGCCUUAAAUCAGCAGAAUCAGCAUUUGGAGUAGCCCUUUAUUACUGUAAAUCUCCACAAGAGAACCUUUCCUAGCUGUUUGCCUUGGUUUGGGACCGAAGAGUUUUUUUAACAUUUGCAGUUUUUUUAUUAGCUGAUUUUACUGUAAUCAGGAGGCAACAUUUAUGUUACAUGAAGUCACGUAUACAUUUCUAAAGAACAUGGCAGCAACUUAUCGCAUUGUGGUCAGCAGCAUAAACUGUUACAACAGUGUGGUGAUCGACCGGCGCGUUCAGCACACGGUGCAUUACUGUAAUGGACCUUGCGGGGCAUUGAAACAUGGGUUUAACUGCAUGGUGGCUCAUCGCAGCACCUGUGCUGAGCUUCUGGAUGUACCUAUUUCCCGUCCUUAUACGGACCGGCCUAUGAGCCUCCACGAGUCUGCCGCUAAAACUGUGGAGAAUGGCAGCUCUGGUAAUUUCUGUGAGGAUUAUCACCAGGCCAUCCCUAGAAUCAAGAAAGGAUCAACCAUCCAAAGCUCGACAAGCCUGAAGGACAUCACAGGUGAGGCUAUCAACUUAGCUAGUGGGAAGACCAAAGAGUUUUCCUUUGAGAAGAUCAAGUACUCCUCCAGCCACGUGACCUUCAGAAAGGGCCGAAAGGUUAGGCCCGAUUCAUUCAGCCGAAGGUCCACUGACCUUGAUAUAAUCUACGGCCACUUUGCAGGCAACGAUGAGAAUUGUCCUCCUUUUGGCCUUUUGCAGAAGUCAGUGGCAGAAGAGCAGAAGCUUAGCCGCAGUGCCUCUCUAGAGCAAAACCUGAACAGCAGUACGGCCACGCUUUACCUCAACAGCCUCAGCGAGGAGAACCUUAUUGCAAGAAUACUGGAGAAGACCAAGGCGGACAGCAGCACCUCAGGGGAAGACAUAAAAGCCUGCCUGGACAUCCUGCUGAAGUGCUCGGAGGACUUGAAAAAGUGCACAGACAUCAUAAAGCAGUGCAUCAAGAGGAAAUCCAUGGGUGGGGAUGGAAACGAGGAUUCUGGCAACCCUGAAGCCAUCUAUAAGAAUGUAAUGGCACGACUUUCCAGCUACCUCAAGAGGCUACCUCUGGAGCUGGAGCUGGGUCAAACUGGGAGGCAAGAACACAACGAUUUGUCUGAACUGCUCAACAGCCUCCAUGGACUACAGCAAAGUCCGUUCUCGCCAAUUUUUGGCAAUGAACAGCCACCGCGCUAUGAGGAUGUUGUCCAUUCCCCGCCACUGACAAAACAACAGUCUAAAUCUUUAUCCUCAUCUUCUCAGCCUGAGACCCACGAAGGUUCCAGGGAUCUCACAGGGAGCUUAAAACCUGUCCAGGGUCUCGUUGUAUCGUUAUCAUCCCAUGCAUCUGUUAAUGGCAGCAACCUACCUUCUGUUUCCAGUGCAUCCACUUUUCAUUCGGUCUCUACUAGCCGCCAUGAUCCCUUCUCUUCCACCAAUUCCCUGUUAUCCAGCAGCACGGACAGCAUCUGCAAAGACUCCAUGGAGGCUCUCUACAUAGAAGAAGAUGCAGAUGUGGGUCGGACCUUGGACAAGACAGGGAGAUAUGAGGGGAAGCAUGGCAGCUAUGGUAUUUCAGAUUCCAGGCAGCAUUCAAAAAGACCCAGUGCCCUCUCAGACACAGGCACGAGUGUUACAGAUAAACUCACAGAUUUCAGUAGAAAUGGAACUGCUUACAAACCCAGAUCUGAGCCAGUUGUUAACCAGCCAUACAGCAUGGAUUCAAGAACACUCUCAAAACCAGCACCACACAUCAGCAGGGAAGGGGAGGACGAUAUUGACAAACUACUGAUGGACUUGGAGUGCCUCUCCCAGAACAUGCAAAAGGAACCUCCACUUCCACCCAAGUUGAAGCGAAUGAAUGAAUCUGUUCACCAGGCAAACUCCUACCAAAACCAGCACCAUAUUUCUAGCUCAGGGACUCAAGGUCCAGCAGUGACCCAGAAUCCUCCCGGGCUCUCGUACCCCAAGCCAAUGGACCGGGAGACUGACAAGGCAGGUGAAGAGGAUGAUGGUGCUUUGCUGCUGCGGAUUCUGGAAAGCAUCGAGAGCUUUGCUCAGGAGCUGGUGGAGAGUGGUGCUGGAUUAGGCACUCAGUCCAAGGAGCGUGAGGUCAUGCGUCUGCUCCAGGACACUUUGGCCACCGCUAAACAGGAAACUUCUCCAGAGGCUCUUCCUGAGCCUCCAGUGGAAAGUACACCUGUGCCUGCUAAUGCAUCUGUAGCACCUGCAGCUACACCUUCACCUGUGCCUGUUUCAGUGACCAGUCCAGUGCCCACUGGCAGAGACACAGGUUCGACUAUACUGAUCCAGCAGACGCCUGAAAUCAUCAGGAUCCAACCAGAGAAGAAACCCGGAAGUCCUCCUCCAGUGCCAGCUCCAGCUCCGUCCACCCCGGCCCCCCGCUCCCCCUCCCCACCGCCAGCCAAAGUGGUGGUCAUCCCUCCUCCUCCCUCCAUAAACAUUCCACGCUUCUACUUCCCAACAGGCCUUCCAAACUGCGCUGCCAACUAUGACGAGAUCAUUGCCAAAAUUGAGACAGCCUUCACAGAGUUUGAGGAGGAGAAGGCCGACAUUUACGAGAUGGGGAAGAUCGCGAAGGCAUGCGGAUGUCCACUGUACUGGAAGGCCCCCAUGUUUAACUGUGCAGGAGGAGAGAGGACCGGCUUCGUCUCUGUCCACUCCUUUAUCGCAACCUGGAGGAAGUUGUUACACAGCUGCUAUGACGACGCAUCCAAGUUUGUUUACUUGCUGGCCAAGCCGGGCUGUAAUUACCUGGAACAGGAAGACUUCAUCCCUCUGUUGCAGGACAUCGUGGACACUCACCCUGGGCUGACGUUUUUAAAGGACGCUCCAGAAUUCCAUUCCCGCUACAUCACCACCGUGAUCCAGCGGAUAUUCUACACAGUCAAUCGCUCCUGGACAGGCAGGAUCACCAUGACUGAGCUCAGGAGAAGCAACUUUCUGCAGACUCUUGCCCUGCUGGAAGAGGAGGAUGACAUCAAUCAGAUCACAGACUACUUCUCCUAUGAGCACUUUUACGUAAUCUACUGUAAGUUCUGGGAGUUGGACACUGACCACGACCUCUUCAUUGACCCAAAAGACCUGGCCAGGUACAACGACCAUGCGUUGUCCAGCAGGGUCAUCGAGAGGCUCUUCUCAGGAGCUGUGACCCGGGGAAACUCUGUGCAGAGAGAAGGAAGGAUGAGCUAUGCUGAGUUUGUGUGGUUUCUCAUCUCAGAAGAAGACAAGAAGAAUCCCACGAGUGUGGAGUACUGGUUCCGCUGCAUGGAUCUAGACGGUGAUGGGGUUCUCUCCAUGUAUGAGCUGGAGUUUUUUUAUGAAGAGCAGUGCGAGCGGAUGGAGGGAAUGGGGAUAGAGCCGCUGCCCUUCCAGGACCUGCUCUGUCAGAUGCUGGACCUCGUCAAACCAGAGUGCCAAGGUAAGAUGACUCUGCGUGAUCUGAAACGCUGCAGGAUGGCUCACAUAUUCUUUGACACGUUCUUCAACCUGGAGAAGUACCUGGACCAUGAGCAGAGAGAUCCAUUUGCAGUGCAAAAGGAUUUGGAUGGAGAUGGUCCUGAACCCUCAGACUGGGAUAAAUACGCAGCAGAAGAGUACGAGAUCCUGGUGGCUGAAGAAACAGCCAGCGAGCAGCUACAGGAUGGGUCUUUUGAUGAUGAUUAUGAGUCUGAGGAGCUUUCGGUCCCUUCGGAGCUCGGAAAUAAAAUGGACAAACUGGUGAUUUCUGACCUUUCAGCGUGAUCGUCCAUCAGAAACACUCACCAACCUCAAAAAAAAGGAACUACACUUUUUUCUACAGUUAAAAACGGACGUUUUGUGCUUUUGAGUGUGUAAUACUAAAAAGCUUCUCGGGCUCCCACCAAGGCUUCAUGUGCAAUAUGUCUUAACUGUAAUCACCCGUUUCUCUCUCUCUCACUGAUGGAGACUUUCUCCCUCCCUCCCUGUAAAAACAAACUGCCGGCUGGUUCCAUCCACCCUUUUUAAAGAAGACUGAGACGAAAUAGAGGCGGACUCUUUAGGACACUUUAGAAUGUGUUUUAGUGUGAGUGAAAUGAUGUUGCUGCAGGUUUAUUUUCAUGUUAUUGUUGUUCCCAGUGCCGGUCCUUCCUAUAUGAAAAUAGUGAAUUUGCAUAGCCCCUCCCCGCUGCACAUAAUACCAUUGUGACUUUUCAUGUUAUUUAUUAUUUAGCUAUGCUUGUUAGAGGCCCUACAUUUCUAAAGAUGAUGUCAGAUAUGCUUAUAUACCAAUGGUGACUGUCAAAGUGCAAUAUCAGUAUUACUAUUAUUAUUAUUAUAUUUUUCCCAUCUUCUAUGUGGAGCUAGUGCUAUCUUAAAGCUGAAAGCUAUGCAUUAUUAGUGCAAAGAAAAGGAAAAAAAUUAAGCAUCCUGAUAGUGAGGUGAGAACAAGAUGCAGAAAAGGUAAUAAAAGUGUUGUAUAUUCAGUGAAAUAAUGACUGGAGUAGAAAUAAAAGUAGCCUGGUGAAAAAGUCUAGUCUCAGGUCCAAACACUUUGGGGCCAUGUGUAUGAACGUGUGUAAAAUCCCUGCUAAAAUGAUGCAUUUGUUUGUACGUUUUUUGCCAGAUACAUGAAAAAGAAAGACAUUUCUUAUUCAUUCUCUCAUAGUAACAUUAUGAUUUGCAUUAGCUUGACAUGCUCUUCACUUUUACUGGAGUCUGACAUUAAUAGACUUUAAAAAGGCAUGUUUCUUAUUCUGCAGUACCACUGCUUUCCACUAGUUCCCACUGUACCCCCAAAAUUCAAGUACAGCACCUCCAAAGUAUCCAGGUUCUCAUGCCAAGACUCACUUUUCAUAAAUAUCUAUGUUAACUCGCUGCGUUCUUGUAUAGGACUGAAGUUUUCUGCACUUAAACGGUUUUAAAUUGGAUUCGAAUGGAACUGACUAUAAAGUAGAUUCACUUCCUCACUAAUAUGCUCAAGUAGAAGUAAAAGUAUUACCAUUUGAAAAUACUCAGGAAAGUCCAUCAAAAUGUUACUGAACUAAAUGGAGCUCAUUACUACACCUCGGAUUAUCACUCUAAUUAAGGAAGGGGGCAGUAAUUCAUUAAUUAAUUGUGUAUUAAUAUUACUGUAGUAGAGGGUGUGUGCAUAUGGGCCACAUGAACUUUGGGCCCAAGAAAGGCUCGGACCGGCACUGGUUUUGUUCCACAUGCAACUGUUAUCGAGAUAUUAACCCCCUUUAUAGGUCAAGGUAUUAGUUUAGGCCACUGAGAGCUUUAUGGAGAAAAAAAGUGACAUCACAAAGUAUACUGAACAUUAUGUAUUUAAAUUAAUGUUGCACAUUGACAUUGAGGAGAGCACAUCAGUGCUGAAACACUAUUGGUGAUGUAUUGCAACCCCUAGUGGUCGCCAGAGGUAUUGCAUGUUGAAACUUAAGCGGAUUGUGCCCAUGUGCUCGGUAUGACUUGCUAGGCUUAUAUUUAUUUAAUUUUUUUUUAAUUGACUACAUACAUCAAAGUUCAAACUUCACUAAACAUUUCCAUAUUCACAUGUACCCUUAUGUGGAAAACUAAAACAGGGCAAUCUUAAAUGUUUAGAAGAUGCUGUUUGGAUGAUUGUGCUUUCCUUCCUCAGCCAUAUUUCUUCUAAACGUAGACUGUGCUCCAACGUAAACAGAGAACUGUUCUAGGUAAAGCUGAAUAGAGACUGAAUAGAGAAAAGUUACUCUAGUGUGUUGAGAAUGUUUAAGGAGACUGAUGUUCGCUUGUAAUCCUGUAUAAAGGUGUGAAUAGUGA